CUUCAGCUUCUAUUCAUUUCUCUCAACCUUUCAUUUGUAUUUGUUUAAUUGAUGAAUAAUUUUGUUUAUUUUUCGUUAUCAUUGUUUAGUUUAUUGAUUGUUUUAUUCAUCUACGUAAGAUGAGUGACCAGGAAGUGAAAGGUAAAAAAAGUAUCCGAGGAAGAGGUAAAAAUAAAACUACAAAUUCAUCUUCUGGUGUCAAAGAUAAUGAUAAAAACAAUGGAUCUAAUCAACAAUCAGCUGGUUCUAAGAAAAGUGCUAACAAAAAGAAAGGUUCAUCUUCCAAAGGACUUAAACUUGGCCGAGGUAGAGGCAGAAUAAGGAUUGAAGAUACAAGUUCCGAUGAAGAGAUUGUACCCAAAGUGGAGCCAAUUAGUAAAUUAGAGACUAAUGAGAUUCCGGUUGAAGUUAAACAAGAGAAAUUGUUGUCCAGUGAAUUGGAGGAAAAAGUUUCAGAUGAAAAUUAUAUCAAUCGAUUUAUUAAAACAGAGAAAUUCAAUCUUCCAGAGAUCAACCAUUUGUCUCUAAUUCAUACAACACAAACAUCAUCAUUGAUAUUUAAAGACGAUUUAGUAGAUGACAUUGCACCUUCUCUAUCUUUCGGUGGUCCUCGAGCUAAUAUUCCGUUACACAAAAAUAAACCUUUAGCCUGGAAUCAUAAAGUAAAUCUGAUUGGUGAUAAAUGUCCGAGUCCAAGAAUCCACAUUUGCGAGAAAUGUGAACGUCCGAUUCUACUUUAUGGUAGACUGAUUCCUUGUAAACAUGUUUUCUGUUAUGAUUGUGCCAAAGCUAAUCCAGUUUGUCUUCGGUGUACAGACAAAGUUGCUCGAGUCGAAAAAAAUAAAUUAGGAGCUGUUUUCAUGUGUUCUUAUGAUAAUUGUCGUCGUACUUAUCUUAGUCAUCGAGAUCUGCAAGCUCAUGUUUCCCAUAGACAUUUAAGACGUUCAUCUAAUCAACCAUCAACCAAGCAAUCACCACAAGUUUCAUCUACUCCAAGUAAUUCAUUAAAUGCAGUUUCCUCACCAUCUACAUCAAUUGGCUCAUCUACAUUGAAAGGUCAUUCAUUUACAUCUCGAAAUAAAAUCAAUCCUCUUAGUGGAAUGAAUUUCACUCAUAUUUCAUCUCGUGCAACCAAUUCAUCCAUUCCCAUGUCCUUUGAAGAUUCAACAACCAUUGGAAACAAUGAUAAGAAAAAUUAUUCAUCUUACCUUCAUCAUCAUCAAACCAAUAGUAAAAUCAAAUUACCAAAUAAUAAAAAUCUCGUUAUUAGUGGUAAAUCUCCUAAUUUAACUUCUCAAUCAUUGGCUAAUCUGCAUCGUAAUUGGUCAACAUCAGGUCAACCCACUUCGACUGUUUCAUCUGCAUCUUCAUCAUCUUUCACUUCACCAACUUUACCCUCAUCACUUACAACUAGCUCAUGGAAUCUUCCCUUAUUAUCUGAUCCCCGUCAAAGUUCAACAAUUAAUCGUCAUUUCUAUCAAUAAAUUGGUUAAUAACAAUCAACUACUCCAAUCAAUUAUCACAACAAAAGCCAUUGUAUUACUUUUUAGAAAGCAUGAUUAUUAAAUUGACAAUUCGACUUUGUAA